UUCUUGGAAAAUUAGUUAUAUUUAUUAAGCUAGUAUGUAUUUUCUGAAGACCCAGGUACCAUUUUCCGAUAUAUCAUACCGUAAAACUGAAACAGAGCGAAAAUAAGUCAGCGCCCGCAUGCGUACCGUAGUCUUUAUUGUUGGCAAUGGUUGCCAUAGUUACCACACUGUUGUACACAAUGGAAACAAUACAACACCAGUAGCAUGUUAUAAUUCAACUUACUAUACCCCAUCAUUUUCCUGGAUUGUGGAUCUUGAUUUUCUGUUGUGUUAGAUCUGUCUGUAAAACUUGUUGUAAAUUUCGUUCACAGCUCUUAGCAUAAUAAAAAAUUUAUUGCAAAAAUAUAUGUACUGAUAAUACAGUACCUACCGUACGUAUUCCAUGUACUACUAAAUUAUGUACUGAGGCUAACAAUAAUUUAUUAGUGUUGAUGUAAUAAUGAUUUAGCUCGAUCAAAAACUAUAUUUCAGGAGCUCAGAAAUGAACCAAGCAGCAAUGAAUGGCGCUGUUCUAACCGGCAGCAGAGCGGUAUCCGGCACUUCUAGGCCACCUGCGAUGGCUCAAAAUAAUUUAUAUUAUAAAGGAUUCGAGUCAUCACCAAUCGAAUCACGCAAUUGGAUUAUCCAUAAGCGGUUCAUCAGGAAAGAAUUUGAAUUGUGCAAAAAUAUUAUUUCUGAUGAAUUAAAAAACUCAAAAGGAUAUAAUGAAUACGCAAAUUUUGUUUUAGGGCUCAUUCUAAGACGCGAGGGAAAAAUUCAAGAUUCUCUGGAAUGUUUUCAGAAAUGCCAUGUUCUCAAUCCAAAAAAUGUGGAGAACAUAAAACAGGUAGCAAGAUCAUUAUAUCUAUUUGGAAGAUAUCAACUCGCAAUUGAAGGAUACCUGGAAGCAGAAAAAAUAGCAGAAAGUCCUGACCCAGUUAUCUAUUACAAUUUAGGGAGAUGUUACUUGAAUUUGGAACAAUAUGACAAGGCGAGAGAAUACCUGACCAGAGCCGUUCAGCUUGGUAAGACUGAAGAGUCGUAUGUCGCUUUGGCUGAGUGCUUCAUCAAGCUGGGUGAUUUGAAGGCUGCUGCUGAGAUUUAUACUGUAGCCUUGCAACUAUAUCCAUCCAGCAGUGACUUGUACACUGAAUUUGGCGUUCUGCAAAUGAACAGGGGAGAUCCACAAUCGGCGUUUGACAAAUUUGGAUCGGCACUCGCUCAUGAACAGACAUGUACCAAAUCGCUAUUAGCUGCUGGAUCAAUCAUUCAGAAAAAUGGAGACUACGAUGUGGCAUUGGCAAAGUACAAGGUGGCUGCUCAGUAUUUGCCGGAAUCCGCAGCCUUAUGGAAUAAUGUUGGCAUGUGCUUUUUCGGCAAAAGGAAAUAUGUUGCGGCUAUAAGCUGCUUGAAACGGGCAAAUUAUCUUGCUCCAUUGGACUGGAAAACUCUAUACAACUUGGGAUUGGUGCACAUUCAUUCUAAACAGUAUGCUUCAGCUUUCAAUUUCUUAUCAGCGUCCAUCAAGUUGAAUCACAAGCAUGCUCCAAGCUUCAUGCUUUUAGCAAACACAUUGAAGAAUCUUGACGAUCCAGACAAUACCGUAAAAGCGUAUGAACAAGCAAUAAAAUUGGACCCGGAAGACCCAGCCACCCGAGUGAAUUACGGCGUCUUCCUUCAUUCCAUUUCAGAGAAACAACGUGCUCUGGAACAGUUGAACUAUUUCAGGAAAAUUGCUCAAAGCGUUCCCUACCUUGAUAAACAGGUACAAUAUUCAUAUUUCAGUACAGAAGAGUAACGCAAAUUUUUAAAUACAAGCAGGGGGUAAUUUUGCAGAUGUUAUAGAGCCUGCCCAAACCACUUCAGCAGAACAAGAAAUGUUACCAGAUGAAGUAUAGUGCAUUUUAUUAUAUUAAAUAUAAUCUUACUCAUU